AAGGGCUUGUGGGACCCAUAUAAGACCGCUGAUUAGCUCCCUGCCGUUGAUGUAAAGAUGACCAUCCAUGCGUCCGCAGCGUGCACCUGCGCUGCAGAGGAAUAAAACCCCUCUCCUCCCUUUUCUUUUUUUUUUUAUCACUGAACCCAACCCCACAUAUAAUAUCACCAACUCUCAGCUUUUUUUAUUUUCCCUCUUUUACUAUACUCCGUAUUCCCAAACCCUCACACUGUUCACUCCGCCGCCGCCGCCGCUGCAAUCGGACGAUCCGACAAUGAAAAAGCUUUACCGAAAGAGCGCAGUUCAUCCCACGCCGCCGCUGGUUCUAGACCAGCUCGCCUUUUUGCCGGCGGCGAUUCUGGCUCUCACCGUCGCUCUCGGACAGGGAGACAAGGAAGUGCUGGCCUAUCUCGUGUCCUGCUCCGCCGGGAGCUUCAACGCCGAGAGGAAAUCCGCCGCGUACUGCGGCGGAAAGGGAGGCUCCGACGCGCAUCCGCCCCGAUUCGACUGCUACUGCUUCAGCUGCUACAUGAGCUACUGGGGCAGGUGGGACUCGUCGCCGAACCGCCAGCUCAUACACGAAAUCAUCGACGCAUACGAAGAGCGAUUGGCCUCGUGGAGCAGAAACCAGAGGAGGGAGAAGAGGAAGGGCAAGGCCGGGAGGAAGCAGGCGAAAGGGCCGUCCGGUUCUCCCCCUCCGGGAUUCUCCGGCGAGUCGAUGAAUAGUUCCGAGUUGAGUUUGGAAACGGGCGAGUCUGGCGAGUCGAACUCGGCCGAGUUGGACUCAACCCGGUAUGAGGAGGAAGAAGAAGACGAAGGUGGGGCAGUGAGAAGAUUCGUUAGCUUUGUUGGGGAGAGAAUCUGGACUUCCAUUUGGACUUGAAAAAAUUAUUUUUUUUCAAGGAAAGAAAUUAAGGUUUGUUUGGUUUGAUCACUUCUCAUUAGUCUUUUUUUUUUCUUUUUUAAAUUAAAAAAAAUGGGUUUUGUAAUAUUGACUAUAACCCAGCCAUAAUGUAAAAAUAUGCCCCUGGUUUUGGAAGUUCAUCAUUUUCAAGAACUUGAAGGUUUAUGAGAUUGUGAAAAAAAAAAUUGUUUCAAGCCUUCUUUUUGGGGGCAAUAUCUCUUAGAAAGAUAAAUUCUAGAAUAUCUA